AUGUGGUCAUCCCUCGGAGCCGUGAUCUCCGUCGUAUUCGUCUUUGCAACUUCAAUCGAUCAAGUCCAUUCCUUGAGAUGCUAUGAAGAAGAAGGCGUCCCUCUGAAUAUCCGACCUUUUGAGUAUUCGAUUGCGGGCAGUCGUCCAACUGCGGUGAGUUGAGCUUUUAAUGUUGGAGAUGUUUUAGUGUUGUGUUGAGUUAUUCCUGAAUGGAAUCGUCAAUUAUGUGUCAGUUGAGAUGCACGACAAAAAGAAAUGGUUUGGGGGAGCGCAUGAAAACUUUUGCCAGCUUCAAGCAAAGAAGCACAGAUUUGUGUGGUAAGCCAUUUCCAUCCAUCUUCCCUUUGAUUUUUAUGAUGACUAAUUUUUUAUUUUUAUUUUGGCUGUUGCAAAGAAAAUUUCUGCAACUCAAAUGAACACUUACAGUACAAUUUUCACAAUUACCUCGCAAUGAUGAACAAGGAGAAAGGGUAAUUACUCCAAGAUUAAUUUAGUUUUUUAGAAUUUCCGCGGAAAAAUUCGUCCUUCUCUACAUAGUUGCCGGUAUUGCAGUUAGUGUUGUUGUUGCCGUAGUUGUGGCUAAGAUUGUAAUAGGCCAAUGGGAAACUCAUUCCACUACGGAAGCUCAUCAAAGCAAAUAUGUAAGCUUGAUAUCCAUACUAUAAAGUAUUCUUACUUUAUAUACUCCCCGCCAUAAGUUUUGACCCCCCUUCUAACUCGGUCCAAAGUGUACCAAUUUGGACCAAAUUUGGUACGUAGUCUACUGAUAACCUGGUGGUAAAAAAUAUCAUAUCAGGGCAAACCACAUAGCUGUAUUUCAAAAUCCAGAGACAAUUUUUUAAAAUCACCCCCAAAAAAAGAGGACAAAAGUUUUGACCCCCCUUUAAAAAAAGUUAAAUAUCGCCACCGGAUGUAGCCCGAACCUUUCGCAAUCGACGUGCCAUACCUGAAUACAGGUUAAUAAACGCUUUUCCGUUGAAUGCUUCGUUGCAUCUGAGGAUGCAACGCGUUAAACCGAGUUUGAUGUAGAGCUGCACAAAAUGGUUAAUAUCUCGCUCUAGCGCUUUCCAAAUGUUCUAAAUUGUGUUUAUAUCAUUUGCUUUUGACUUGUAAUCACCUGCGUUAGCCUUCUUCUUUUGAAAAAAGUCCACGAUGGCCUAGCGGGGCCGAUUCGGCCGAUAUCCAGUUGUCAUGCCCAGCCUUGGAGAGCGAUUUGCUCUUUGGCUAAAGGUCUAGAUGUGGUCUUUAGGUCCUCAAUCUAAUCCUGAGACCCAUAUUUACACUCAGUAUUGUAAAAUUUCUCGAUUUGACACGUUUUGUAAUGGGUUUCAUUCACCUUAAUCUUGAGUUCGCCGUUACUGUAAAUGCCCCCGAGGACGAUCACAUCCCCGCAGGCGAUUUGGCGUUCGAUACGUCUCAGACGUAGACGGCGGGUGCCGUAGCUUCUUAAAUUACGCGGGCCAUCUAAUGCAAGCCAUUUUUCUUCGGUAAAAAUCCAUUUGAAGAACUCGGUUUUUUUGUUAAGGUGCAGAUCGGCGAAGUUGCGGCGGCAAACCAUUUGAGAUCGUGUCAGCGGGAGUUAAUUCUUGGUUUAAGAGUAGAUAUGAGUCUCAGGAUCAGAUUGAGGACCUAACAACCACAUUUAGACCUUUAGCCAAAGAGCAAAUCGCUCUCCAAGGCUGGGCAUGACAACUGGAUAUCGGCCGAAUCGACCCCGCUAGGCCAUCGUGGACUUUUUUCAAAAGAAGAAGGCUAACGCAGGUGAUUACAAGUCAAAAGCAAAUGAUAUAAACACAAUUUAGAACAUUUGGAAAGCGCUAGAGCGAGAUAUUAACCAUUUUGUGCAGCUCUACACCAAACUCGGUUUAACGCGUUGCAUCCUCAGAUGCAACGAAGCAUUCAACGGAAAAGCGUUUAUUAACCUGUAUUCAGGUAUGGCACGUCGAUUGCGAAAGGUUCGGGCUACAUCCGGUGGCGAUAUUUAACUUUUUUUAAAGGGGGGUCAAAACUUUUGUCCUCUUUUUUUGGGGGUGAUUUUAAAAAAUUGUCUCUGGAUUUUGAAAUACAGCUAUGUGGUUUGCCCUGAUAUGAUAUUUUUUACCACCAGGUUAUCAGUAGACUACGUACCAAAUUUGGUCCAAAUUGGUACACUUUGGACCGAGUUAGAAGGGGGGUCAAAACUUAUGGCGGGGAGUAUAGUAUGGUAUAUGUCCAAUGGCUAUCUCUGUGUUUCAGUUUGAAGAGAAAUGCGCGAUCAUCCUCCCGCAGAUGGGAAAAGGCGAAAUGAAGCAGUUGAAGUCUCAAAUGAAAUAUGCCCGUACAACGCAACGCCCACAAGUCCGUGAAUUGAGAGGACAACCAGUGAUCACCGGCGUCUUCACUUACAGUACUAAUAGUGUUGUAACCAACCGCCAGUUGGGUCCUGUGGAAGUGAAGAUCCCUAAGAAUGGCGUCACUGAUUUCAUGGAUAUCCUCAUGCAAAUGGUUUCCAUUGGUCCCAGAGAAAUGAAAUUCCCUUAUAAAAUGCUGGAGGCGAUUUGUGAUGAAGUCAAAAAGAUAUUCCUGGCUGAAGCGACUCUUCUUGAUGUAAGUGGAGAGUAGGAGGAUGAUAGAAUUUUGUAUGAUGACGAGUUGGGAGUCGUUUAGGUCCCGGUUCCAUGCCAAGUUUAUGGUGAUAUUCAUGGUCAAUAUAGUGAUCUCUUGCGCUUUUUCCAUCUGAAUGGAUGGCCUCCAACUGUAAGAUGUGUCUUUUUGGGAGAUUAUGUGGACAGAGGACGGCAUGGUUUGGAGGUAAGUCUUCAUUUAUCAGACAUUAAAUUAUAAUAUAUCACAUGGUCAUGAUGAUCUUGCAGGUGAUUGUUCUUCUCUUUGUCAUGAAGAUUUGUAUGCCCUAUGAUGUCUACAUUGUCCGUGGAAACCAUGAAGACGCCAUUAUCAAUCGCUCUUACUCGUUUUUGUCGGAAAUUGAAUACCGUAUUCCGGCAAACGAAAAUGGUCAUCUGAAAGUGAUGAGCAAGUUUAUUGACACGUUCACGUCUCUUCCUUUGGCUGUGAGAAUUGGAAAAAGAGCACUGGGAAUGCAUGGGGGAUUGAGUCCGAAGCUGGUCAAUUGGGAGAGCAUUUUAAAUAUCAGGAGGCCGUGCAAUCUGAGAAAGGGUACCAUACAGUGCGAUCUGACUUGGUCUGAUCCUGAUUCUAAUGUCAGAGGAUAUGAGGUGGGGAUUUGGGCUUUUCUGGGCUCUGCAAACUUGUGAGGAGUUGUAAAUGAGAAUUGUAAAUUUUUGGCUAUCAAGGGAAGUACCCCAAGUGCGACACUCCGAUUUUCUUUAAAUUUUGAGCACACGUCGGGCAUGAACUAAACAACAAUUCCUGGAAGUUUUAGUUCGCGCUUUUCAGGCGCCGCCGAGAUAUUGAACGAUCUUUGCCGCCGAGAGAGUACGCUAAGCACGGAGAGCGGACAGAGAGAAAAGCACUUUUUGGCCAUAACUUUUCUUGUUUCGUGCGGAAAAAAAUGAUUUUAUGUGGAAACAUUACCCUCCAUGGUAGAAAUAGGCACGGAACUUUUCGUGCCGAAAUUCCGCAAAAAGUGUCAAAUUUUCGCCCACUUUCGAUCUAAACAUCUCGGUUGUUUCUGCAAAGCGCGAGCUAGGAUUCUCGCAUAUAUUUUAGAAAAAAUCAUUCUAAAUUUGUGCCAAGUUUCAUCAAAAUCUGAGCGUCGCACUUGGGGUACUUCCCCUGUAAGAAAGCUUACUGAUAUUUAAUUCCAGCCCAAUCUGAAAAGAGAUCCGAAUGGAGGAAUGGGAUAUCAAUUUGGAGCCGACGCAGUUGACAGGGUCUGCCAAUCCCUAAAAAUUGACGUCAUCUUUCGUGGCCAUCAAUGCCCAAUGCCCGGAUAUGAAUUGUUCUCGGAGAGAUGUAUCACUCUCUUCACUGCUCCUGGCUAUAGAUCAUCUUCGGAAGGGGACUGUAAUUAUGGAGGAUCGCUCUUUAUCGACCAUGACUUCCGUAUGACAAUCACUAGGAUUGGAGUCGAUAAUACGGUCAGAGUGCUCAGAGAUAUCCAGAAAUUGGAUAAGGUGGGUAAUCAACAAUCGCCAGCUUUAUGUUCAUUGAUUAUUAGCAAUAUUUUAUUUCAAUCACCUAUUUUAGGGAGAGAAGUACAAUGAUAUGGGUUCGUUGCAAGCCAAGGAACAUCACGAUGACGAUUGA